GAGGGCAGGGAAAGGCCCUGGGCUUAGGAAGAGCCUCCCCAGCCGGGCGGGACACCGGUGAAGCCAUGCGGGCCUGCCCGGGCACGGGGGCCGCUCCCCCGGGGUGGUGCCUCAGGGCUCCGCCUCAGGCCCGCGGAGGCCGCCCCCGCCCGGCUGAAGGCCGCCUGUGCUCCCUCAGGGUCGGCGGUAACGGGGGAGCAGCGGUGGAGCCUCCAUGCGGAACGAGACAUCCUCGAAGGGUUCCCGCUUCCACUAAUGCUUGGCAGAGCUCUAGCCCCAGGUCCCCUAUGAGUUCAUCACUGCUGCGUUCUGUUUCGCCCCAGGCAUUUAGCCCCAGUCACAAGAACAGCAUCAUCAGGAGGCAGAGACAGGAACUCAAGCUUUUAAUUGCAGAACUGAAAGAUCGUGACAGGGAGCUCAAUGACAUGGUGGCAGUGCAUGAGAGACACAUCCAGGCCUGGGAAGAUGAUCGCCAAAGAAUACUGACUUUAGCAGAACGAUGCAGCUUAUUAACUAGUGAGCUGAAUGAGAGAAAUGCAGUUAUAAAAUCACUGACCAAAAAGUUAAAGUUGUUAGAAUCCCAGCAUAAUGACAGUAAGAUAACACUUGAAAACACACAAAAGAAAUAUCAAGAGCUCACUCAGAAAAUAACAGAUUCAUCUGUUCACUGCCAGGCUUUGGAGGAGAAAAAUCAGAGUCUCCACUGCUCAAUUUUGGAACUGUCUGCUAAGACAGACCAGCUGCAAGCGAGGGAACAGGAGCUUCUCAAUAUGCUUCAGCUGAAGGACAAGGCCUUACUUGAAACAACCGAUCAGAUGAAUGAGGUUGCAUCUAAAUUUAAAACACUGGAGAGUGUGAUGCGUACAUCAAAGCUGGAGGAAUUCAGUCGCAACAGAGAGCACCAAGACCUCAAGCUGACACUGAGCGAUGUCGUGUUUCAAAUAAAUAAGAUGAGAGAUGUCCUCUCUGAAAAGAUGAAAGAAAGCAGCAAGCACCAGGAAGAAAUCAGUCACCUGAAGCAAGAAAAUGGCUGCUUGAGGAGUGAGCUGAUACUGGCAGUGGAGGAAGCACAGAGGAAGGAUCAACUUUAUCAGUUUACCAAGUCUAAGCAAGCACGGAUUGAAAAAGAAUUGUCCAGUUUGCGACAGGUCUGUGUAAAACAGCAGCGGGACUUACACUUCCUUCAAGUCAACUUGGAUAGCUCUCAGGAGUCCAGGCAAAAGCAUGAAAAGGCAGCAAGUAGAAGUGAAGGACACAUGGAUCUGAAUUCCCUCCGCUUGGAUUCUCCUCUCUUGACAUCCACUCAGAAGAGCAGUGUGACUCAGAGUUCUGGGAAAUUCUCUGAUGAAGACUCUCCUCUGGACAUCAGUGACUUGGCAGUAACUAAACCAACAAAAAGAUACUACAUGAACACAGACACCAGUUCCCUGUUCUGGAAGCUGGAGCGCUCCUUGGCCCAGUCCCGACAGAUGCUUGCUGAUCUGGAGCUCAGCCUUCUCCACACAAGCCCUUCCUGCAUCCCCAACACCAAAAACAUGAAUAAGAGGAAGAAGUUGUUUCCAACACCAAGGUAAUUCUGAGGACCGAAGAUCAUCGACCCAGCAGCUACAAUGGAAAGUUACCUCAUUUUUUUUCCAUCCUCCUGAGUGUUUGAAAGACUCAUAAGUGGCAAGAAGAUGUGACUCUGCAGGAAUGUAUUUUAUCUUGAAAUAAAACACAGAAUUACGCCAAGAUUAACAAAGCUAUAUUUAUAGCUGAGAGCUCAGGUUAAACACUAGCUUGUUUUUUAAGAAUCUGAAGUGUGUAAUUCUUACAACAUAGGAACUAUUUUUCUUCUUUUUAUUUUUUCUAUGGUGGCUCAGAAAUAUUUAUAGAGUAUGACACAGCCAAGCAUUCUCCUUUUUUUUUUCUUUUUUUAGCAUAUUGUUUUUGUUCUGGAUUUCUUGCCUUGUAGAGAAAGAGAUGAAUAAUGUUUAUAGGAAGUUCCCAAUUAGUGUUGUAAGCAGGAACUGCCUCCAGUGUUGCUGAAAUGGGAGAGCUGUCACCCACAAGAUGGGCAGAACCACUUUCCACGCUCAGGAGCUGAUUCUUCCAACAAAAGUUUAUGGCAUCAGGUGUAUAUGGCCUCUGUUUGCACUGCACAGGUAGCCAAGUAUGAUGUGACCUUUUUUAAGCAUUUAAACUGGAUUGAUCUUUGCUGAUUGGGCAAGAUGUGCUGUUAUCGCAAUUUGAACUUAUUUUUUAACUAAGAGAUCAAAUGAGCUAACAAAGCUGAUACUUUGCUGUGUCUCUCUUGCCCAUUUAACACAUUUAGCACUUGAUUCCAGACACUUCUCAGCACAGAUACAAGUGGGCUACUCAGCCCUGUGUAGGUUGGGAGCACUUUGGGACACCAGUGCCUCUCCCACAGCCCUGUGCCAGCGUUUUCCCUGCUCUGGAGCAGCCAAGGGUGGGAGUUUCUGCUCCAUCCACUGCCACCAAUUAUUGCAGAGAAACACAACACUCCACAGAUUCCCCUUGUUAACUCUUUCAUUUUCUGCUUUCUCUUCAAUUACUCCAGUGACAGCCUUUCCUGCAAGUAUUAAUGGCCCCAGAAUUAGGUGGCCAAUUCUGACAAGAGCUGCUGUUCUCCAGACUCUUUCCCUGCCUGCUCACCAGUGUUACCCAUAGAGGGAACCUCAGCUGCUCCAGCACUUUCCAAGUUUCCUCAAGCCUUUACCAAGCAUUUAUUCCUCUACCUGCACAGAACCUUCUCAGGCUCCAUCCUCACAAUCUCCUGCUCUGGAUAUGACAAGAAUUCCCCCUAAAAAGCCAAUUAUAACGAUGCUCACCCUGAAGCUGUUCCAGCAGCUACACAGAGAAAUGGGUGCAACUUCCAAGCAGCAGCUGUGUUUAAAUGUGUUUGAGAUUAUUUGGAUGAACUCACUGAGUUUAAACCCCUUGAGAGUUUAAAAUGAUGACUUUAAAAUCAAUAUAGAAAACUGAGCUGGAGCGAUGCAUCGAGGAUCUGAAGAGCCCUAGGAUUUUGUGUUGGGGCUGCCCUGGGUUUGUGGAAUGGGAAUUAAGGGAAUAACUGGGUUAAUUUAUUCACCACUAAGUGACUUAAAACCCAACUGCAUUAUUGACCACACUCUGAUGCUCAAAUGGAAACGCUUCAAACUCGGUGCCUUAUUUCUGGAAGCAGAUCAAAUACUCCAGGGAGCCUUUUGCUAUUGUAUCCUUGGACUGAAUUAUUAUUUAAAGACAACAAAGCUUCUGUUCAGCCGCGGCCUUUCCGCAGGGUGGAUACGAGCUCCGGUCAUUGACUUUGGUAACGGGAAUUGGUGUUGGAGCCCAGAACGAGCUGCAGGUGCAGUGGGAGAGGGGUGAAGAUGGGCGCUGAGAAGGGACGGUGGUGCUGGCGCUGACCGCCGUUCCUGGUGUUUCCUGAGCUGGGGAAUCACCUCGGUGCCUGGUGCUACGGAACGUGUCCCUUCUCCGUGUCCCUUC